AUGAGUGUGGUAAGAUAUUUACACGGCAAGGUAACUUUGAAGACGCACGAAAGAAUACAUAGUGGAGAUCGUCCAUACCAAUGUCGACAGUGUGAUAAGACAUUUACACAGCAAGGUUCCUUGAAGACGCACGAAAGAAUACAUAGUGGAGAUCGUCCAUACCGAUGUCGACAGUGUGGUAAGACAUUUACACGGCAAGGUAACUUGAAGACGCACGAAAGAAUACAUAGUGGAGAACGUCCAUAUCAAUGUCAUCAUUGUGAGAAGAUAUUUACACAGCAAUGUAACAUGAAGAGACACGAAGGAACACAUACUUAG